AUGCGAUAUUUACAAAUUCGGCGGACGCUGUACAGUCUCACUGGCAAAUGGCCGAAAACUUCAGCAAUAGAGCGUACCAAAGAAAUCGAACGGCACUGGAUACCUAAGCUAUUAGAUGAACAUGAAAAAUACGAAACAGAUCCAGAGAAUAAGAACAAACAAAAGAUGUAUGUUUUACCAAUGUUUCCUUAUCCAUCCGGUCGUUUGCACAUGGGACAUGUUCGAGUGUAUACAUUGAGUGAUACACUGGCACGUUAUUAUCGACUGCGUGGUCAUCGGGUUAUUCAUUGUAUGGGCUGGGAUGCAUUUGGUUUACCAGCUGAAAAUGCAGCUUUUGAACGAUCUGAAGAACCGGUUGAAUGGACGAAAAAAAAUAUUGCUUAUAUGAAACAACAGAUCAAACAACUUGCGUGCAGUUUUGAUUGGAAACGAGCAACAACAUGCGAUCCGAAUUAUUAUAAAUGGACGCAAUACAUUUUUCUCAUGUUAUAUCGUGAAGGAUUGGUUUAUCAAAAGAAAGCUGCUGUUAAUUGGGAUCCAGUUGAUCAAACUGUUCUUGCUGAUGAGCAAAUCGAUGAAGCCGGUCGAUCAUGGCGAUCGGCAUUUUAUUCAACGAAAACACCCUAUAAACCACCCUCGGCGGCUUUGGAUUUGCCACCACCACCGCCCGAAUAUGACCUAGUAUGCGCACAGAUCUUUACUCGACAUGGUUCACGGGCAUUGGAAGGUCGGAAAUAUGACACGCUGACGAAAGCACUAUGGAUUCAAGCAAAGGAGGAAGAUGCGUUAACAGAACUCGGUCGACAAUUCGGAGAGGAUCUGCAAUAUUUUGUUGCCGUUAACGAUCAAAUCGGACGUGGCGAACUGUCUGAACUUGGUAAACACGAACAGCAAGGUCUUGCACAUCGCGUAGCAGAACGUCUUCUGCCACUAUUUAUCAAAAGUUUACUACGCAACGAAUCGAAAAGUAUUCAAGUUGUUAGUAGUAACAAGUCACGGACCAAAGCAAGCCUACGAGCAUUUGUUCAAGGUUUACCACCAAGUGUUGUUCAUCUCGUUGAUCAUCAACCACCGAAUCCGUCUUUACUUUUCUUCCAUGACAAUGCGAGAUAUCAAACAUAUUUAAAAAAAGAUAAACAGUUGAAAAAUAAAUUAAGAUCUAUCGAAAAACAAUCUUACUCAAAACAAAUGGCUCGAGAUAUUCUGGAACAACUCUAUCGACCAUCAUUUAUCGAUAAGCUUGUAGAUGGACAAUACUUUUUUGUGGAUUAUGAAUCUGAAAGAUCAAUAAGAAAUGAAUUCGAUGCCGUACGCAUGCUUCAUGCUCUUUAUUUGAUUAGCUCCAACUUACAACAAGAAGGUGUUGGAUCUUUGUUCGAAAAAUACUUUUCGAAAAAUCAAUCAGCUUGGUAUGCUUACUUACAAGAUGCUAAAGAUUACUAUGAGAAAGGACCGGGAUUUCUCAAUCAAACAAUAACUUACGAUAUGGCACAAAUCUUACUUGAUGAAUUCCUCGUCGAUUCAGAUGAAUGUUCGCAGAUAGAUGCAAAGCAUUUUCUUCGCGCGCGUUUUGGACACGCUGAAGGCGUUAUUCCAUUCAUCGCUCUACUGAAAAUACCCAUUCUGAGCGACAAACAAACACCACCUAAAGAAGCAUACACCUAUGCGAACAAUGGAUGGCGUGGUGAAAUUAUUUCACCAAUGUCAGCGAAUAUUCAAUGGGAAAUAUUUCGAUAUCAUCCUCGUCAUCAUGGUGGAAAUUCUCGUCCUGAAGACGAAAAAGUUCUCGUUCGAAUGUUACUAAAUGAGUAUGUUGUUCCAUUCAAAUAUGAAUGUGAACCAUAUGGUACAGAAUACAUGUUUUUCUAUACACUAAAUGAACUGAAACGAUGUUAUAACAAAGAUGAUUGGCAAACCUUGAUUAAUAUUCAACGCAUGUGGAUGGGAGAUUGUAAUGGAGUAAAUGUUCAGUUUAAGUUAAAGAUUCCAACGAAUGAAUUUGAUUUUCUCGAAACAUUUACAACCAAACCAGAGACAUUGUUAAAUGUAACACACCUCUACAUACGAAGCAAUCAUAAAUUAGCUCGAGCAGACCUAAUUGAAGAGACAAACACAGGUGCUAAACGUUUACGUACAGAUGCUGUUCAUCCAUUGACCGAACAACUAUUGCCGAUUUUUAUAAAUGACGAUGCGGAUUUUGGUCCAAAAAUACGUGCGAAUAUGCCUAUGUUAAAUGUUCAGAUAGGCACACCUUCGACUAAUCCGUUCGAUGAAGUUUUUGCACGUCAACAGAAUAUCUCAACAAUGUCCGACUCAUCAGCGCCUGGACAGACGAUGGAUGUUGAAACAUUGAUGGCAGAACUGCGAUCGCGUGGCUUAGGUGGUUAUCGUACAUCUGGUAAACUUAAUGAUUGGUGUAUUUCACGGCAACGUUAUUGGGGUACGCCGAUACCAAUGAUUCAUUGUAAAAAUUGUGGAGUUGUUCCAGUUCCAGAAAAUGAACUACCUGUUCAGUUACCACCUAUCGAAAACAUCAAAUCUUCGUCCAGAACAGGCACUUCGCCGCUGGCAAAUGCUCAUGAAUGGUUGAAAACACAAUGUCCAAAAUGUGGAAAUCAAGAAGCCAAACGUGAAACUGACACAAUGGAUACGUUUGUUGAUUCUUCGUGGUAUUUUCUUCGUUACUUAGAUAAUGAAAACACCAAAAAACCUUUCGAGCCAAAUAUUGUCAAUCAAUCUAUGCCAGUUGAUCUUUAUAUCGGUGGACUAGAGCAUGCUUUAACACAUUUGUUUGUUGCUCGGUUUAUUCAACAUUUUAUGUACUCAAAAGGUCUAUGUACCUCUAUUGAACCAUUCAAACGAUUUAUUCCUAUCGGAAUGGUUCAAGGUAAAACUUAUAAGACAUUGAGUGGUCAAUAUGUAAGAAAAGAUCAAGUGUUAACAAUUGAUAAAAGCACAACGAUUCAUUCAUUAACAAAAGAACCACUACAAACUGAUUGGGACAAAAUGAGUAAAUCGAAACAUAAUGGCAUUGAUCCUGAAGAAAUUAUCGACAAGUAUGGCGUGGAUUUCACUCGAAUGCUAAUGCUUAGUUUCGUACAUCCACGAUCAUUACGCAAUUUCACACUGGAAGAUGGCAUUGCGGAAGGUUUACAGAAUUGGUUUAAACUUUUCACACAUCUCUAUGUUGAUUUAAUCGAACCACGAACAAAACCGGAUACAAAAUCGCCCAUAAAUCAUGAAGAAUUCCAGCAAAUCGAAGCAUCAUUACGUGAACAACGGCUGCAUACGAUUUACACAGUUUCGUUCUAUAUCGACAGUUUUUUUAGUAUCGCAUCAGCCAUCAUUGAAUUACAAAAGUUAACACGUCAUCUCCGAAAAGUGUCCGCAGACGUUAAAAAGCAAUCAAAGGAAUACUCUCAAUCACUAUGUGAUCUACUAGUAAUGAUGGCACCCGUGAUUCCGUGUUUAUCAUCUGAACUUUGGAUUAUAUUACAAAAGCAAAUGAAAACGAAUAUCGAUGGUUACGAUCUAACUAAAAGUCUAUUCGAACAAAAGUUUCCAUCAUUACCUGAUGAUUAUCCUGGCAAGAUCAAUGCUCUAUUCGAAACGACUGUUUUCUCUUCGAUGCCUAUCUCUCGAUCACAACUGGCAACUAUGACAACGGCAGAUGUUCUUCGACAUUUGAUUGAGAAUGACAAACAAUCAGAAAUGAAAGCAUUUAUCGAAAAAAACGGCUUGAAAUUGGAUCGUUCACGUAAAUUAGGCGACUAUUGUACAACAUUGAUCUAUGAACGUGACCCAACGAUUCCGAAUGUAGAACCAAUAGAAACAAAUGUUGAAAAGAAAAAGAAUAAACCACCAAAGAAGAAACCGACUUCUUGA